CUGAUGAGAGCUCCAAGCCCCUUGGCCUCUGGAUCUAGAGAAUGGUGAUAAGCAACUCUCUGGAUCCAGAGACCGAUCAGUCUGCCCUGUGGAGACGCAUCUACUCUUUCGGUCCGGCAGGAAAGUAAGGAGUGAUAUAGGUUUAGGUUUGGAGGCGAUGGAAUCGAUACUAAGGAAUCAGUUUCAGUUCAAAGCAUUUUCUGUGAAAUUAUCGCAGUUGUCACAGAGCAAGGAGCCUUUGACGUUUGGUCUGGUAAUGAACAUUGCAGCGAGCCUCCCAUCGUUGAAAUCCAAAGCUGAUCCUUCAUUUUAUCACUCCGUGUUUCGAGGCUCCAGGCACUGUCAUAUGAGAAUCAAUGCCAAACAUUCCAGCGAAGAAGCGCCAGGUCCUGUUCCUUCGGCCGGGGAAAGAUCAAAUCCGAGUUCCACGCUUUCGGUAGUGAACGCGAUGCAACGUCCAGGGCCCAGUGGUACUGCAGCUAAAAUUUUGCGCUGGUUGACUUUGAUCGCAGCUUCGGUUAUCAUUCUGAGACUUUCUUUUUCUCUCCCCAACAAAGUUCGACAGAUCAAGGCUCAGAAUUUGUUUGCAGUGUUGGAUCAAUUUUAUCCGGCGAAGAGGAAGAAUAUGACUCAAAAAUUGUUCAAACUUCUUGCCAAGGACAAUCGAUUUUAUCCGAAGGAGGUUGUGAUGUUGUACUUUUUUCACCUUCUAGAGACGAGGACUUUUGAUGCUGAACUGGUGGAAGAUCUGGUUCACUUCAGAAGAGUGUCAGGACUUGAUGAUGCGACGAUACUUGAGAUCCUGUGCGCCAUCUCCCAGAGGAUUGUGAGGACUGAAGGGCACGUGGUUACGAACAAUACGGGUUCAAGGAAACACGAAUUGGAAAAGAAUGCAUCUGUUCAGGCUGCAUUCAGCAAAAUUUUAUAUCUUGCCGAGCUCCAUCGGUUUUGGUUUGUAGAUAACAAGUUUCCUGAGAUCAUUAUGUCACUUUUUGAAGUAACUGAAAGGGAUGCUGAGAAUCUUCGGAUUGAUUCUUUAUGAUCGGUAGCUCACAGAGUCUUUCCUUCUUCGCAACAAGUCCAGAUGUGUCCAGGAUCUAGAACACAGAAUAAUUUUGAAAGCGCACUAGACAAUGGAGGAUGAUGAGGAACCUAUGAGUGUUCUUUCGGACCUGCCACUUUGGUCAACUCAAACUUCGGCAGAAAUAAAUCAAUCGAGCCAUGCUAAGUCUCUGUUCUUCACAGAGUCAUCCCAAACAUGUGUGCUAGCUGCAUUAUUGAUCAGAGCUAGAAUGAUAACAGCUGUGAUUUUUGUCGAGUAAAUUAGAGUGCAGAGAUGUCAGAAUCUGAUAUGAAUAGGCUUAUACCAGGUGGAAUUUGCGAUGUAGAUGUAGAGUAGAAUUUAAUGUAGAAUUUGCGAUUUCAAAGUACAUAACUCGAUUCACUCUACAGCCAAGUUCUUCAAACUGUGUCCAUCUUCCAAUACGGAUGAGUCUGGUUCCGAUUGUUGUCUUAAUGGGCAUCACAGCAAUGCGCAUGCAAGGUCGGAUUAUGCACUCACACGAUGGCACACCGAUUGGUCAUUUUCACUCCAAGUGAUUGCCCGAUUCCGAGUAGACAUGAUAAACUACCACUUCCCGCACUUCGCAUUAAUUGUUUUCAUUUUCAGGUGUUUCGUGAGAUACACAAAGAAGCUAAGAAGCUAAAUGUCCUCCUCAAUCGGGAUUCUGAAAUUUCAGUUCGUCGU